AUGUAUCCUCAUCUCAUCUACAUCUUUAUCUAUCUAUCUAUCUAUCUAUCUCAGUCUUUCAUUAUCUAUCUAUCUAUCUAUCUAUCUAUCUAUCUAUCUUUUUUCAUCUAUCUAUCUAUCUCUAUUUUCAUAUUUAUAUCUAUAUAUUGUAGACUGUUAUCUAUCUAUCUAUCUAUCUAUCUAUCUAUCUAUCUAUCUAUCUAUCUAUCUAUCUAUCUAUCUCAGUGUGUUCCUUUAUCUAUCUAUCUAUCUAUCUAUCUAUCUUCUCAUCAUAUCCAUCUAUCUAUCUUCUCAUAUCCAUCUAUCUAUCUAUCUAUCUAUCUAUCUAUCUAUCUAUCUCUAUCUAUCUAUCUCACCGCAGAUAAUUCUUUCUUUUUAGACCCCGAUUUUUUUUUUUUUUUAUUUCUUUCUUUCUUUCUUUCUUUCUUUGUCUUCUUAUUUUCUUUCGAUUUUCUCUACCUGCUUUCUUUCUUGCUUUCUUUCUUUCUUUUCUCAGCUUCUUUCUUUCUCUUUUUGUGUGUUUCUUCUUUUUUUUUCUCUCGCUUCAAAUUCGUUCUUUCUUUCUUUCUUUCUUUCUUUCUUUCUUUUCCAUCUUCUUUCUUUUUUUCCCUCUGCCUUCUUAUUUUCUUUCGCUUUUCUCCACCUGUCUUCUUUCUUGCUUUCUUUCUUCUUCUUCCCUUCUUUCUUUCUUUCUUUCUUUCUUUCUUUCUUUCUUUCUUUCUUUCUUCUACAGUGCCUGCUUUCUUUUUUCUUUCUUCUUCUCCACCUUCUUUCUUUCUUUCUUCUUCUACACCUUCUUUCUUGCUUUCUUUCUUUUUCAGUAUUUUCUUUCUUUCUUUCUUUCUUUCUUUCUUUCUUUCUUUCUUUCUUUCUUUCUUCUACUGUACCUGCUUUCUUUUUUCUUUCUUCUUCUCCAGCUUCUUUCUUUUUUUUUCUUUUUCUUCUUUUGCUUCUUUAGAUUUUUAUUAUUUUUUCUUCUACUUAUUUUUUUUUUUUUUUCUUUUUUCUUUCUUUCUUUCUUUCUUUCUUUCUUUCUUUCUUUAUUUAUUUAUUUAUCUUCCUUUUUUUUUCUUUUUUUCUUUCUUUCUUUUUUUCUUUUUCUUCUACUGUGCCUACUUUCUUUUUCUUUCUUCUUCUCCAGCUUCUUUCUUGCUUUCUUUCUUCCUCAGCAUUUUCUUUCUUUCUUUUUUUCUUCUACUGUGCCUGCUUUCUUCUUUCUUCCUUUCUUUUUUUCUUUCUUUCUUCUUCGUGCCUGAUUUCUUUCUCUUUUCUUGCUUUCUUUCUUCUUCCGAAUUUUCUUUCUUUCUUUCUUUUUUCUUAUACUGUGCUUUCUUUCUUUCUUCUUCUCCACCUUCCCUUUUCUUAUUUUCUUUCUUUCUUUCUUUCUUCCUUUCUUUCUUUCUUCCUUUCUUUCUUUCUCGCUUUCUUUCUUUCUUUUCUUCUUUAUUAAUUUUCUCAAAUAUUUUUUCCCGUUUCUUAUGCUAUGAAAUGAUUCCAUUUUUAAUUGAGACCUCCUCACCGCUUUCCAUCUUUAGAGCACAUGAUCUUAGCCAUAAUUACGUCGAACAGCAUUCUACGAACGAAUCACCAUUCACAAGAAAAGCCGAAUAA